GCUGCGGAGCGCGCAUCCCCCGUCACCGCGCCCAUCAGAAAGGAGGAGAGGGCUGUGGAUGGAGGGAAUCUGGUCCCUUCUCAUAUAACUACUCUUUGUUACCAAAAGAGACCGCUCCUGGUUUGAUAGAAGAAAAGAGAGGUUCGAGCUUUCUCUCCCGUUUCUCGAAAGAAAAUUAAAAGACGACUUUAUAUUUUGGGCAGACAUGGGCUGGGUUGUAGGUGGGUUGGGUUUAGGGUAGAUAUGGGCUGGGUUGUAGGUGUGUUGGGUUUGGUAAUUCGUUGCUGAGUUAGCUGGCUUGCUGUUCUUAUUUCUAAGACGCUAUGGCUAAGCAGUAUGAUGUGCUCUUCCGACUCCUGCUUCUCGGUGAUUCGGGGGUUGGGAAAACAUGUUUAUUAUGCAGAUUCACGGACAACGAAUUUCACCCGUCUCACAUCUCCACAAUCGGAGUCGAUUUUAAAAUGAAGACACUGGAGAUAGACGGCAUCAAAGUUAGGAUACAGAUAUGGGACACAGCAGGACAGGAGAGAUAUCAGACCAUCACUAAGCAGUACUACAGACGAGCACAGGGAAUCUUCCUGGUUUACGACAUCACAAGUGAGCGAUCCUUCCAGCACAUCAUGAAGUGGGCCAGCGAUGUGGACGAGUAUGCUCCUGAUAACAUCCAGAGGAUCCUCAUAGGGAACAAGUCAGACGAGGAGGAGAAGAGGCAGGUAGCUACAGAACAGGGCAACAAGCUGGCCAAGGAUUAUGGGAUGGACUUCUUUGAGACAAGUGCCUUCACCAACCAUAACAUAACAGAGUCCUUCACGCGAUUGGCUGAGCUGGUCCUGUCGGCCAAUAAGAAGGACCUGGACCUCCUGAGGGCGUCGGUCACAGACGAGCUCAACCUCACCGCCCUGGAGGAGGAGGAGGGCAUCACAGACGGGGCCGCCGCCUCACAGAAGAGCUGCUGGUGUUAAGGGCCUGGUCAAAAGUAGGGAACUAUAUUGGGAAUAGGAUGAGAAAAGUAGGGAACUAUAUAGGGAAUAGGGUGAGAGAAGUAGGGAACUAUAUAGGGAAUAGGGUGAGAGAAGUAGGGAACUAAUAUAGGGAAUAGGGUGCCACUUGUCCUUAUGUAAGGACUGGGUCUGGGUGGUCUAAAAUCACACCCUAUUCCUUAUGCGAGCUCUGCUUGAAAGUAGUGCACUUUGUUGGGAAUAGAGUGACAAAGGUGAUACCCUAUGUAGGGAAAAUGGUGGGGGGUGGGGGGUGACACUUCUCGUAGCUGAUUGCCUUUCUACCAUUGUAGGUGGUGUACUGGUGUUUGAUAGGUUUUUACCAAUGAUGUUUGUAAACCCUGGAUUGCUAAUGCUAUGUAUUGGCCAAUGAGAUGCUUUGAAGUCACCGGUCGGCCAUAUUGGCUCUCCUCAGAAAAGCAGUCCUCUAGGAAUGAAUGGAGUUCUACAGUAUUUCAUUGAAACGUUUCAAGGACAAAAUGACAUGUAUUUAAGUAUUUUUUUGUUAUAGUGGGAACAGUAAUAUCAGGACUUAAAUUUUAUUUUUAUUUUUAAUUCUCUAUAUUUUUUUGUAUGUUUAGCUCACACAAUAUAAUUUAAAAGUAUG